CGCCGCUCCCGCCGUCGCGGGCACUCGGGGAGGCGCUGAAGCGAGGGGCUGGAAGAUGGCGGCGGUGGAGGAGGAAGAUGGCGCGUCUGGUUUGCUGCAGGAGAUCUUCAGCAGCCCACUCAACAUCAGCCUGCUCUUCCUCUGCCUCUUCCUCCUGUACAAGAUCGUGCGGGGCGACCGGCCGUCGGGGGGCGGCGACAAGGGGGAGGGCGAGCAGGAGCUGCCCCGCCUGAAGAGGGACUUCACGGCGGCCGAGAUGCGCCCGUUCGACGGGGAGAACGAGCCCCGGAUCCUGAUCGCCGUCAACGGCAAAGUUUUCGACGUGACCAAAGGGAGGAAGUUCUACGGACGCGAUGGUCCUUACGGCGUUUUUGCUGGAAGAGAUGCAUCAAGGGGCCUCGCUACAUUCUGCCUGGACGAAGAGGCGCUGAAGGAUGAAUAUGACGACUUGUCUGAUCUCAACGCCAUGCAGCAGGAAAGUCUUCAAGAGUGGGAGAUGCAGUUCACUCAGAAAUAUUAUUAUGUUGGGAAGCUGUUGAAACCCGGAGAAGAGCCGACAGAAUACACAGACGAAGAGGAUACAAAAGAGGCUAAAGAAUUAAAGGAAUAAAGUUCUGCAGUUUGGAGAGAUCUAUUUUUGUACAAUUAUCCAACACAAAAGCAAAACUAUUCCAAUUUUUUUGAGUGAGCUUCUGGUAAUAAUGGGGGGAAUGGUAUAAUUGUUCAGUCAAUAUUUCAGUGUUAAACGACUGGUUAAGUUGCUAAUGGGGUGGGUGGGGUCGGGGGGGGGGCUACAGAUUGAAAUUUGGCUUUGGAUGAGGGGAAGCAUCUUGUACAACUUAAUCUGUAAAUAUUUUAACUAAAAUACACGCAUCAAUCCCAGCCAGGCCAGGGCAACGAGUUCUGCCAGACCACAAGUCUUUUAUAACCACGGUAACAAAUUCAACCCAAGUUACUGGAGGCAUUUUAACCAAACUACUUUCUGGUUUCAUUAUUAAUGGGCGGGUGGGGAAAAGCCCUGUAUGAAACAAUAAUACAUUUGUUUAUCUUCCUACAAAAACUAAUGUUUUAUUUAGCCAUAGUUGGAUAUCUAGAAAUAUUUUUACCAGAGAUAUGGGAGUGGGUGUAAACCAGGUUGAACACCAAACUGAUAUGAUCUGGAGUCACUGUAGGGAGAGCUGUUUAUUACUGCUGGAAGCAUGUUGCUGUUCUUGGGGAAAGUGUGCUUGCCAGGAGCAGAGCCUCUGUGCUAGCAUGGAGCAAUACCUUAAGCGGGUUAAAUUGGCCAAUGCUUGAGACUUUACAGGGAGCGUUAUGUGGGCAUGCUUAGCCAAAAACCAAGUUCCCUUAAAUGUAAUUUACAACUUGGUCCAUUUUAAAAUAAAUACAAAGAAACAUUCCGCUAUUUAUAAAGAAAGCAGAAUAGUUAGUUUCAGUACAUUUUCUAAAAUGGAGGAGAUAAUGUAGCCGUUUGUGCUCUGUAUUGUGAAGUACUGCAGCUGUCUGUAUGAAUUAAGAAUUUCUGUGGUUUCCUCUUGAAUUCAAAAGAAUUGACUUAAUUUGGAAGCCUGUGUCUUAAUUGGACCUCUUCUAACUGGGUCUGUUGGAUAACAAAAUAUGAUUAACUGUAUAUCAAAUAUUGCAAACUGUUGUGUUUAAAUCUUUGUUGAAAUAAAGACUGAAUAACUACUUGGAAUUUAA